AUGCUGAUCACAGCACGUGUCUCCUCCCGUGAUGAGCACAUCCGGGAAACUUGGGUUCGCGCAAUGGAAACUCGCAUCGUGAAGGACAUGUUGCAGACAUGCCAACGGUCUGAGAGCGUUAACCACUACGAGAAUUGCAGGGAGCUCGCGGAUAAGUACAUUUCUAUGUUGAGAGAAAACAAGAUCCAGGGCUAUAAGCAUAUAGAUGUAUAG